CCUUCCAUGAGCCGCGUGUAGACACGUGCUACGAGCAUGCGUGCUCCGAGUGCAUCCGAGGGUUCGCGGAAACGGCCGAGGUGCAACGCGGCGGCAAUUGCGAGCGUCGUUCGACUCGUACGUAGUCGAGUCGCGACGCCGACGCGUAAAGUCAGUUGCGCGCCGCAUAAUUUAGAGGGAGGUUUCAUAUCUCUCGCGUCCACAGUGCCGAGGCGCAGAUCACAAGCGAUACUCGACCUAUACACGUGCUGAUCGCACCGGGUAGUCGGGUACUCCAUGGUUGUCUCGCCUCUUCCAACGUAUUCGUCGCUCGACGAAUUCUGUUGGGACUGUGUUUUGCUCAUCGUGUACUCAAGCGGACGUGACGUCCAAACGCCAUACCAUUGACGUACUUGAUGCAAAGCAUUUCGCCAACUUCAAGGAAUCGUUGGAAAAACAUUAAAAAAAUACCGAUAGAUCGAUCCAGAACGCUUUGGGAGGCCGAAAAUAAUAUUUUAGCCGCUUGUAGUUGUCAAAACGUGUGCAAAACAGCGAUCAGAUUGAAAAUCCACGGAUUGCCAGAGAUUUUGUGCAGUAUUUCUUCGUAAGGACCAUUAAUAAUGCUGUCGUACGUAUUUGAGAAAUAUGGCCGGUUCUGCGCCGACCAUCCCUGGGAGGUGAUCGUGACAAUCUUCACUUUAACAGCGUGUAUGCUUAACAUGGAGAUCGGAAGUGGACAGGCACGCGAAGAGGACUUGCCCGAUGCCGCGUAUUGUCGUCACAGCAGAUGCGAUACUAUGGACCUAAAAGUGGCUGAUAUUAUAAUGAUGACGAUAAUACGCUGCUUGGCCGUAUUAUUUACUUAUCAUCAGUUUCGCAAUUUGCAAAAAAUGGGAUCAAAAUAUAUUUUAGGUAUCGCCGGCUUGUUUUCCGUAUUUUCUAGCGUGGUGUUCACAUCCAGCGUCGUAAAUUUCGGCCGCAGCACGGACUUGAAGGACGCCUUAUUCUUUUUUUUACUUCUCAUUGACCUGUCAAAGGCUGCAACGUUAGCACAAUACGCUCUGAGUUCACGAAAUCAAGAAGAAAUUAAGGCGAACAUCGCACGCGGUAUGUCUUUGCUGGGACCUGCCAUUACUCUGGACACUCUUGUGGAGACUCUCCUGAUUAGCAUAGGAUCCUUAUCGGGCAUCAGAAGGCUGGAGAUUCUCUGUACCUUUGCAUGUCUCAGCGUAAUCGUCAACUACGUUGUCUUCAUGACAUUCUAUCCGGCCUGUUUGUCGCUUAUACUCGAGCUUUCUCGUGGAAAUAAAAAUAUGGCCCAGUUGAGCGCGGACAAGAUAUUUCUAAUACAAUUAAAUGAGGAGGAUCAAAAACCGAAUCCAGUGGUGAAACGAGUCAAGAUGAUCAUGAUCGCCGGUCUGUUUGUAGUACAUGCUAACAGCCGUUGGCCCUUUAAGAGUGGGGAAGGCGAGUAUAUGGCGAAAACAGUAACAACAUCUAUAAGUUCGGACGCGAUAAAUGGUUCUGAUCACACCGAGAACUCCGAAUUGAAAGAGCAUCUGAUGUUUUGGCCAUCGAUCAGCCCGGGUAGUAUUGUACUAUUGAUAGUGAUGUUAGCUCUAACGGUAAACCAUAUCUUCUUCGAGAAUUACAAAAAAGAAGAAAAGGAAGAAGAGGAAGAGGAACAACAGGAACAGAAGGAGGAGACGACAGUAGAGAAGAAAGUGGAGCUCCUCGAUGGUUCGGACAAUCUGGAUGAUAUGGAUACCACUAUGAACACGUUGCGAGAACGUUUUGGUGAAACAUUAUCGACAGUCCGAGAGCCGGUCUUUCCUCUGUCUGGUGUGGGUGGUGAAUGGGAUGAUGAGGUCGAAGUGGAGUAUUCCGAUAAGGAGGUGCAGACUGAUGUAAUAUUUAGCCAUGAUCUGAGCAAUUCUGGCGAGGUUGACUUAUCGUCGAAAAUCUCUGAAGCUCCUAGAAGCAUAGAAGACUGUCUUGAGAUAUAUAAGUCAGAGCUUGGAGCCAGUGCCUUGACGAAUGAGGAAGUGAUACAAUUGGUGAAUAACAAAGAUAUACCUGCGUACCAAUUGGAAAAGGCGGUGGGCAAUAUGGAACGCGGUGUCGAUAUUAGACGUCUUGUCGUGGGUACUACCGGCAAGUUCAUCGAGAAGAUAAUAGAUUUGCCAUAUAGAAACUAUGAUUACAGUAAGGUGCUUGGCGCUUGCUGUGAGAAUGUGAUUGGUUACGUGCCGGUACCGGUUGGCAUCGUUGGACCGUUGUUAAUCGAUGGGCAGCUAUAUCACGUACCAAUGGCGACAACGGAGGGCUGCCUAGUGGCGUCUACCAAUCGCGGUAGUCGUGCACUUCUAAAAUGUGGCGUAACCACCCGCGUAACAGCUGACGGAAUGACCCGAGCACCCGUAGUGCAAUUCCCGAACAUUAUGCGUGCAUAUGAAGCGAUGUUAUGGAUAGAACAACCGCAGAACUUUCAAGAGUUGAAGAAUAGCUUUGAUCAGACCAGUCGCUUUGCUCGUUUGAAAAAGAUUCAUCCGCGCAUAGCCGGCCGUGAUCUGCAUCUUCGCUUUGUCGCUACGACUGGUGACGCCAUGGGCAUGAAUAUGCUGUCGAAAGGGACAGAGAGAUCUCUACAGACGCUGCAAACUCACUUUCCGGAUAUGGAGAUAAUCUCCCUCAGCGGGAAUCUCUGCACCGACAAAAAACCUGCGGCCGUCAACUGGAUUGAAGGGAGAGGUAAAAGCGUGGUGUGCGAGGCAAUCGUGCCUGCCGAUGUUGUGACACGCGUGUUGAAGACCUCAGUACAUGAACUCGUCAAUCUUAAUAACAAAAAGAAUUUAACUGGUUCAGCUUUGGCGGGCAGCAUAGGCGGCUUCAAUGCUCAUGCCGCUAAUAUCGUAACCGCGAUUUUUAUUGCCACUGGACAAGAUCCAGCGCAAAACAUUAGCAGUAGCAAUUGUUUAACGCUGAUGGAACCGUGGGGCGUGGACGGCAAAGAUCUGCGUGUGACUUGCACGAUGCCCAGCAUAGAAGUCGGCACAGUGGGCGGUGGUACCGUUCUGCCGGCACAAGGAGCGUGUCUGGCGAUGCUGGGGAUCAAAGGUGCGCAUCCUACGGAACCAGGCGAGAAUGCUAAAAAGCUCGCCCAAAUUGUUUGCGCCACUGUACUUGCUGCAGAACUAUCUUUAAUGGCCGCUUUAGCUUCUGGGGACCUGGUCAAGAGUCAUUUGAGGCAUAACAGAUCGUCUAUCCUAGUUAGUAACCCGGUGCCUACAACUAUGAAUAGCAGUACUAACAGUGGCCACAAACUGACUGUGCCAAAUGUUUUGCAGUUUUAAAAAUCUUUAUGCAGCUGUGUAAAAUUUUUAGUACGUGUGUGGCGAAUGAAUAUUUUCAUAAUUUCUGUACAAAGCGGGCUGUUGUUAUGUUUAUUAUUUUGCACCUGUUUUAUUAGCGUUCCAAAGACACAAUCAUAUAUGCACGUUUCUACUGUAUGUAGAAUGAGAUGAGGUCAAACUCUAUAUAUGUAUAUGUAUAUUAUGUAUAUAUGUACAUGAAAAAAGUAUAUCGCAGAAUUGUUUUGACGGAAAUGAUCGACUGUCUCUCCCUAUGGUGCUGUAAUGUUAAUAAUAAACUUUUUAAUUGUUCCGAAAUGU